AUGGCGAAUCCCCUCGACACGGACGCCGGCUCCGAGCUGUUCGGCUCCUACGAAGCGGAGCUCAAGCUCGUCCAAGCCGACCUGUCGCAGAAGCUGGACCAGAUCCCCGAACUCUCGGGCGAACCCCGCAAGACCGCCAUCAGCCAGGCGGAGCGCGCCCUCGAAGAGGCGGAUGAGCUGCUUGGACAGAUGCGUCUUGAGAAACAAAACAUACCCACGUCUUCACGGGCCAAAGUGAACCAGCGCUUCCGUAACUAUGAAGCCGACGUCGACGCCAACCGACGAAAGCUCACCUCGCUCUCCUCUGAUCGCUCUGCCCUGUUCGGAUCGCGAUAUCGGGACGAACCGGCCGGCGCGUCCGAUGCCUCUCUCGAGCAGAGGCAACAGCUGCUCUCUGGCACGGACCGACUUGACCGGAGCACGCAGCGACUAAAGGCCAGCCAGGCGCUUGCGCAUGAGACAGAGUCCAUCGGCGCGGACACUCUGGCGAAUCUGCACGGACAGCGCGAGAUGAUUCAACACACGCACGAUCGGCUUCUGAACAGCGAGGGCUAUGUUGACCGGAGCGUCAAGACGUUGAGGGGGAUGGCGCGUAGGAUGGCUACGAACCGGAUAAUCACCAUUUCAAUCAUCACCAUCCUCGUGCUUCUGAUUGUCGCCGUCGUCAUCAGCAAGUUCAGGUGA